UUCAAGGUCACGUGGCUGCCAUCUGACCCCGGCAGGGAGCUCCUCUGGACAUGUUCGCCGUGAGGGUCUGUGUGCACACCGUAAGAAGAGUACGUAGUUCCAGAAUUUUAUUAAAAAUGACAUUGGGAUCUGACUUUACUGCUGGUGUGAGGGAGAUCGCGACAAAUAUCAGCACCGGCAGAAACAUCUUAAGAUGGGACUUGUCUCCAGAGCAGAUUCACACCAGGACAGAAGAGCUUAUUAGGAAAACAAAACGUGUGUACGACAUGGUCGCUGCUCUUGAUGUUGAAAAGGUCACAUACGAGAACACCAUAAAGGUUUUAGCUGACCUUGAGUUGGAGUACGCAGUUGAAAGAAGCAUGUUGGAUUUUCCCCAGCAUGUCUCACCCAACAGAGAUGUGCGGACGGCAAGCACCCAGGCUGACAAGAUUCUGUCUGAUUUUGAUGUGGAAAUGAAUAUGAGAGAAGAUAUUUUCAAAAGAAUCCUUCAUUUUUAUCAAAUACAAGACUUAGAACAACUGCACUCUGAGGUUAAAAGAUAUUUGGAGAAAUCCGUUCAGAAUGGAAAACGUAAUGGACUCCAUCUACCUGCAGAAGUGCAGAAUGAAAUAAAGACCAUUAAAAAAAAGAUUAAUCAGCUUAGCAUUGACUUCAAUAAAAAUCUCAAUGACGAAAAUACAUCUCUAACCUUUACCAAAGCAGAACUAGAUGGGCUUCCUGAUGAUUUCAUUGAUAGCUUGGAAAAGACUGAUUGCAACACAGUCAAAGUUACCCUUCAGUAUCCCCAUUAUUUCCCCAUUCUAAAAAAGUGCUCUGUUCCUGAAACAAGAAGAAAAUUGGAAACCGCUUUUAACAGGAGAUGUAUUGAAGAGAACACUGAUAUCCUUGAACAGCUGAUUACUCUGAGGGCAAAAAUGGCAGAGCUGCUGGGAUACCCAACACAUGCUGAUUUUGUCCUUGAACUGAAUAUGGCUAAUAAUACCCAAAAUGUAUCUACAUUUCUAGAUAACUUAAAAAUGAAGUUGCAACCUCUUGGGGAUGCAGAAAAGCAACUCAUUUUGGAGUUAAAAAAUAAAGAAUGUGCUGAAAGAGGCCUAGAGGUGGACGAUAAAAUCAAUGCCUGGGACCUACAUUAUUAUCUCACUCGAAUAGUAGAGACUAAGUAUUCAGUGGACCAGGAGAAGCUCCGAGAGUAUUUUCCCAUGGAGACUGUCACUGAAAACCUGCUACAUAUUUACCAGGAGCUCCUCGGACUCCGCUUUGAGCAAGUGGAAAACUGCAACGUGUGGCAUGAGAACGUGACCCUGUACACGGUGUACGACAGCGCAAGUGGUGAAGCCCUGGGGCAGUUCUAUCUUGACCUGUAUCCAAGAGAAGGAAAGUACGGCCACGCAGCAUGCUUUGGUUUGCAACCUGGCUGCCUUUUGCCUGAUGGGAGCAGAAUGAUGUCUGUCGCUGCCAUGGUGGCAAACUUUACCAAACCUGCAGUCGGACGGCCAUCAUUACUGCGGCAUGAUGAAGUGAAGACCUACUUCCACGAAUUUGGGCAUGUCAUGCACCAGAUAUGUGCGCAGACAAAGUUUGCACGAUUUAGUGGUACAAACGUGGAAACAGAUUUUGUUGAAGUGCCUUCCCAGAUGCUGGAGAAUUGGGUUUGGGAAAAAGAGGCUCUGCAGCGCAUGUCCAGACAUUAUAUUGAUGGUAGCCCCGUUCCAGAUGAUCUCCUCAAUAAACUAAUAGAGUCAAGACUCGCCAAUACAGGUCUUCUCAGUCUCCGUCAGAUCCUGCUGAGCAAACUGGAUCAGUCUCUUCAUACAAAGUCGUCCGCUGACACGGCCAGCGAAUAUGCCAAGUACUCCGAGGAGAUCCUGGGAAUAGCUGCUACGCCAGGCACAAACAUGCCGGCUACAUUUGGCCAUCUGGCUGGCGGUUACGAUGGUCAGUAUUAUGGAUACUUGUGGAGUGAGGUCUUCUCUAUGGACAUCUUUUACAGCUGCUUCAAACAAGAAGGGAUCAUGAACCCGGAGGUUGGAAUGAAAUACAGAAAUUUUAUACUGAAACCUGGAGGGUCAGCGGAUGGCAUGGAUUUGCUGCAGAAAUUCUUAGGUCGUGAGCCAAACCAAAAAGCUUUUCUUUUAAGUAAAGGAUUGAAUCCAUAAAAUAAUGUUAUCCUUUCUCUGAUUUAUAAGUAAAGGACGGUUCGAAACCAUGAAGAAUAAACCACUUUUCAUCAUUCAGGCACUUGACGGCAUGCCAAAACAUACUGCAAGGUUCCUUAACACAAACACACGGCUGUGAAAUGGCUCAGUAACCAUAUGGUAUCUUGUUAUGAAUUGAAGCUAUAAGAUUUAGAUUUUUUGGAUCUAAAUCUCACAUAUUCUUUGUAAUAAAACAAAAAUAGCAGUCUCAACAAA